AUGUUAGCCACACAUUUGAAGACCCCCAUAGUAAAGCGGUUAUUGCUCCCAAUUACAAGCCAUCUCAUUAGACGCUGUUCGCGCACUUACACUACUGCCCUCCAUGGAAGUUUUCGAUCUUUGAUGGUACCUCGUAAGAGUCUGUUGCCUGUCAAAUGUUUGAUUGCCCAGAGGUUUAUGCAAUCCUUUCCGAAUAAUGAUAGGUUUACCACCAAGGCUUCCAAUAUUGAAACCAUUUUACUAAGGAAAAAUAAUGAACGAGAGUUCAAGCAAUCGCUUUUGGCAGAUGCCAAAAAUUUUCAAGAGAGGUUCAAAAUCAAUCUGAAGUGGAUCCUAAUUAAAAAUAACAGGCCAUUCUCUUUGAACGAGAUAAGCAUCAUCGCGUCAUGGCUGCUAUUAUCACAAGUCUUAUGGGUUUUAUUGAGCACUACGACUUUUAUUUCGUUUUAUCUAUUCGUUAUUAACUCUGUUUUUAGUCAGGAAUACAUUCAUGAAAAGAAAAUAUAUGAAAAACUUUUGAAAUUCUUGUUGAAUGAUCAUAAGCACUCCGAUCGUGGUUUGCAAAUUAGUUUUUCGUCAGAUGAUAAAGCACCAACUGUGGCAUUAUCUGCAGACUGGGAGUCAAACUCGAUACUCAUAAAAAAUCUAAACGUCCUGGAUGAAGGCUUAGAUUUAGACUUAAAGUUUCAUCACAUUAACUUGAAUGUUUCUUUGAAAAAUUGGCUCUUCGGUAAGGGUUUGAUUUCGAAUGUUUCCGUAUACGGUAUAAGAGGGUCCUUGAAUUUGUCAAAUUUUAUUGAGUUAAUAAACUCUUUCCAAGGUGACCAAAAAACUGAGAAUUUCUUGAAGAUUUCAAAUUUUAUUGAAAUUACCGAUUCAGAAAUUUUUCUGAAGCAAUCUCAGAGUGGUCCGGAAGCUCCAAAGUUAAGAUUCUCCAUUUAUAAUCUAUCUUUACCACGACUAAGACUUAAUCACUUCAUCCCGGAUGUUUUGAGUGCCAAGACAUUUUCUGGUUCAAUAAAUAACUCCCUUUUCAACCUGUUCAAGAGGCAACAAAGAUUAACAGCAGUUAUUGAGAACAACAACAGAAAUCAGAUGACAACGUCAAAAUUUGAUUUCAACGACAAUAGUCACGGAAACUACCAAACCGUCGCCGAACAAGACGAUCCUAAUUACGUAACAACGUUAAGACUAAAUUUCAUCAACAUCAACGACUUAAAAUUCAACGAUAACUGCAAGUUUAAUUGGUUGAAAGACGGUCAAGUUGAAAUACUGGCUGAUGUGAUGCUAACAAACUCUUCGCCCCAUCUAUCAUCCGAAUCAAAAUAUGCAGUGGUCGAUAUGAGGAUAACUUGUAAAGAUCUGAAAACAACUUUCCCUCAGCAGCCCCCCGUCCUAUCGACGGGCGACAGCAUUGUUUCGCUAGAUGAAUUAAAACCUAUUAUAACUUUUAUCAAUUCAUAUGAGGGAAUGGUAAAUCCUAUAUUGAAAGAUUUUACGGAAAACGAAAGAUUGAAGAAUUCUAUAAUUUGGAACUCUCCCAAUGUCUCGAUCAACAGGCAAAGAAAGUCGUUUCCCUUGACUACAAAAGCAACUUCCAAUUCCACAAAAGAAAUCAUCAAGUUCCAUAAUCAACCUAAUUUCGACGCCAAUGAAAUUGUUUUGCGUUGUAAGAUGGUCAAAAAUUUGUCAGACUUGCAGUUGAUAAACAUCAAUCAGAUACUAGACCAAAUCACCAUGGAAUUAUAUGUUGAUUUAACCAAAAUAGUAGAGGACUGGGAAUUUAGAAACAAAAACGACUGGAUGAAACAAUGGGGUACCACUUUUGCAUCACAACUAUUGUUGUUUGGGUUUGGCGCUAUGGUUUAA